AUCGCGUCCUGCAUCGACCCAUCUGCUGGUCUGACAGAGGAGCAGAAGGAAUUCCAAAAAGUGGCCCUUGAUUUUGCUACCAAAGAGAUGGCUCCUCACAUGGCUGAGUGGGAUGAAAAGGAAAUAUUCCCUGUGGAAACAAUGCGAAAGGCAGCCCAGCUGGGAUUUGGUGGCAUCUACGUGAAACCAGAUGUGGGUGGCUCCGGAUUGUCACGUCUUGAUACCUCCAUCAUCUUUGAAGCCUUAUCAACAGGAUGUACCAGCACCACUGCUUACAUGAGCAUCCACAACAUGUGUGCUUGGAUGAUUGAUACCUUUGGCAAUGAGGAACAGAGGCACAGGUUCUGUCCAUCACUCUGUAGCAUGGAAAAAUUUGCUUCUUACUGCCUUACUGAGCCAGGAAGUGGAAGUGAUGCAGCUUCCCUGCUGACUUCAGCUAAGAGAAAAGGGGACACCUAUGUCCUGAAUGGCUCCAAGGCUUUCAUCAGUGGAGGCGGUGACACGGAUGUGUACGUGGUUAUGUGUCGCACAGGAGGCCCAGGCCCCAAGGGCAUCUCCUGUGUGGUGCUGGAGAAGGGGACACCAGGCCUCAGCUUUGGCAAGAAAGAGAAGAAGGUGGGGUGGAACUCCCAGCCAACUCGGGCUGUGAUUUUUGAGGACUGUGUUGUUCCUGUUGGCAACCGGCUGGGAGCUGAAGGGCAGGGCUUCAACAUUGCCAUGAAGGGACUGAAUGGAGGCAGGAUAAACAUUGCUUCUUGCUCAUUAGGAGCUGCUCACGCCUCUGUUCUUCUGGCUCAGGAACAUCUCACUGUCCGCAAACAGUUUGGGGAACCCCUAGCAAGCAACCAGUACCUGCAGUUCAGGCUGGCGGAGAUGGCGACGCGCCUGGUGGCAGCGCGGCUCAUGGUGCGCAACGCUGCACGGGCUCUGCAGGACGGACGGGAGGACGCAGCCGUGCUGUGCUCCAUGGCCAAGCUGUUUGCUACUGAUGAGUGCUUUGCGAUCUGUAACCAGGCUCUCCAGAUGCACGGGGGCUAUGGCUACCUGAAGGAUUAUGCGGUGCAGCAGUUUGUGCGAGACAUCAGAGUCCACCAGAUCCUGGAAGGUACCAACGAGGUGAUGCGGAUGAUUGUGGCCAGGAACCUGUUACAGGGGUGAAGCCAGGAGCAAAAUCCCUCCGUGGAAACAGCCCGCCUGCCUUACAGCUGGGCAGCACCCACACAGCCACAGCUGUGCCCUGAGCCUGGCGUUGUGCUGUGCAGCCUGAAGAUGUCAAUCACAGCUCCGAACAAGAGCCUCUGUCCCCAGAUUGUGGCUGUGGGCUGCCUGCCAUCCAUCCUCCAUGGAAGGAGAUCCCGAGUUGGGACACAGGAGCCGCAGGCAGAGCUGGAGGCGCAGCCUGACCGCUUGGAACCAUUCUACCAAUUAAACCUUAAUUCAAAGGAACUAAUCGCUCUGCUUAAAAACCCAUCCUGGAUGCGAGGGGCAGCGCUGCACACCAGCUAACCACGAGCACAGCCCUCUGACCCGCAGAAGCAGCGGUUAUGGAGGAGCUCCCGUUGCUCUGCAGCGCUCCUUGCAUCCCUGCACUGCUCUGCAGCCCAGCACGCAGCUCUCGGAUCGGAGCUCCGGCUGCGGGAGCACACACGUUAGCAAAUCCAAUUUCUUCCUCGCAGUUGGAAUCAGUAAAGCUGUGAUUGUAAAUUGA